AUGCCACCUCCUGUCGGCAGAUACGGGCCUACUGGCCUAAGUGCUCCCUAUACACACUUACAACAAGCCCACCUACAGCAACAGCAAGCCCAACAUCACCCGGGUCACGCCCAAUCGGCCAACACGGCUCUUCCACCUCCCUCCCUCGGUGGCCAUCCAGGUUUUGCGGCCGGGAAUCCGAAUACCAACAUUAAUCCCUUCUCGAUGUCCGGGUCCGGAAUUGCGAGCGGCAUGUCCGUCGGGUUUGGUGCCGAUGGCGGAGGCACCGGUCUCGCCAGCCAUGCGGCUCAGAUGGGCUUCGCGAGAGGGGCCCAGAUGCAGCAACAACAGUUACAUCAGGCCCAUGAUGGUCGACUAGCACUGGACACAAAGGCAGGCGGUGUGAAAACGCGGAUACGUGACGUAUGGAAGCACAACCUAGCGCAAGAGAUGACACUUUUAAGACAAUUGGUGGAAAAGUAUCCUUAUAUCAGCAUGGACACCGAGUUUCCCGGUAUUGUUGCACGCCCCAUCGGUGCGUUUACGAACAAGGCCGACUACCACUACCAGACCCUCCGGUGUAACGUCGAUCUACUGAAGAUGAUCCAGCUUGGAAUUACACUCUUUUCCCCCGAGGGAGAAGUCCCUCCUCCGAAUGCCACCGACGCUAAUGGCCAGUCCUUGGGGAAUGGCCUCGUGCCGGCCCCAUGUACUUGGCAAUUCAAUUUUCGGUUCUCAUUGGAAGAUGACAUGUAUGCACAGGAGUCGACGGCUAUGCUCGCCAAAGCGGGGAUCGAUUUUACGAUGCAUGAGAAGAACGGGAUCGAUCCACAUGAAUUCGGGGCGCUCUUGAUCAGCUCAGGUCUCGUAUUGCUGGAUGAUGUGCACUGGGUUUCAUUCCAUUCUGGCUACGAUUUCGGCUACCUGAUGAAAAUCAUGCUUUGCACGCCUCUUCCGGAGAACGAGGAAGAAUUCCACAAACUUCUCAACAUCUUCUUUCCAUCACUGUAUGACAUAAAGUACUUGAUGAAACAUGCAGGCCGCAAUCAAGCUGUCAACGACUCCCCGUUGACUCAAGCUGCUGUUCAAAUUUUGACGAAUCUGGGCCAAAAAUCGGGGCUUCAAGACAUCGCCGAUGAACUUGGUGUCAAACGAGUCGGUAUCGCUCACCAGGCCGGAUCGGAUUCUCUUGUAACGGGAGAGAUCUACUGGAAGAUGCGACAGCUUGUCUUCAAUGGCACCAUUGAUGAAGCUAAAUACUCCGGUCAAAUAUGGGGGCUGAACGGUCAGAUGCCGGCACUACUGUAUCACAUGCAGCCUCACCAAACACCUAAUCUCAACGGGGCCACUAUCUACUCAACCACGGGCACCCCAAGUACACCUAAUGCCCCUCAGCCUGUGACCGGCAAUCAAACUCCUCAGCAUCAUGCUGGUGGAGUUCUGACGCCUGGGGCAGUAGGCGGAGUGCUGGGGCAGUUUCAAAUUGGAAAAUCAUGA